AACUGUGUUGAAUUCUCAUCCAUCGCAAUGAGCAACAGAUUCCUGGGCACCUGGAAACUCGUCUCCAGUGAGAACUUUGAUGAUUACAUGAAAGCUCUGGGUGUGGGGUUAGCCACCAGAAAACUGGGAAACUUGGCCAAACCCCGAGUGAUCAUCAGCAAGAAAGGGGAUAUUAUAACUAUAAGAACCGAAAGUACGUUUAAAAAUACAGAGAUCUCCUUCAAGUUAGGCCAAGAGUUUGAAGAAACCACAGCUGACAACAGGAAAACAAAGAGCACUGUAACCUUGUCAAGAGGCUCAUUGAAUCAAGUGCAGAAAUGGGAUGACAAAGAGACAACAAUAAAAAGAAAGUUGGUGGAUGGGAAAAUGGUAGUGGAAUGUAAAAUGAAGGGCGUGGUCUGCACCAGAAUUUAUGAGAAGGUCUGA